AUUCGCCUGGUUUAGGUUAUUGUGAUAAUCGUACCGAAAUCGUAACAUCGUAGAAAUGUUAGUAAAUUUUAUACGCAAAUUUUCAUCCAUACCAGGGAAUGUUGCACUUAAAAAUGCAUUGGGAGGUAAAAGUUUGGUGUCUAAAGUUGCAAUAACUAAUGAUGGUGCGGUUGCAGUGGCUUGGCAUCCAGAUUUGGAGUUUCCCUAUGAAUUGACGAAACCUUUACCAAAUGCAGCAACCAUUCAAAAUGAAGCAUUGGUGAAAGAAAAUUCAUUAAGAACAGCUAUGAGUGCGUUCAAAAACAAAAAGCCGGAAAUAGCUCGACAGGAGAUUAUGCAACUAACUCAUACUACCAAGCAUCGCUGGUUUCCAAGAUCACGCGAUAAGCGCGCUAAAAAUACCCCAAUGGAUAGACCGUACUUGUAAAAUAACUUCAAUAGCAUACUAAAUUUUAAUUGUUAAUCUUUAAUGUUAAAAUAAAUGGUAUACAAUUUUAAUCGA